CCGAGUGGAGCUGGGUGGCAUCGGCAGCCUCGCCCAGAAGGGCCCCGUGGCUUUAGGGGCUGGGCCUUCAGCGCAGCACAAUGUCAGGCUCCACAACAGCUCUCUGAGUCCGAGGCCGCGGCCGUGGCGCUGUGAGGCGGCAGGGCCAGCCAGGUCUGCUCAUGGUGCCACCACGAAGCCAUCGUGGGGCAGGAAGGCCAGCUCUUCACCUCCGAUUAGGUUCGUUGAGUUCUUCACCUCCGUUUAGACACAGAUCUGCCAAGUUUUCAGGUAUUACCCUUGAAGAUCUCAGAAACGCCUUUAAAACAAGACUGCAAAUGGUGUGUGUAUUUAUCAUGAACCGAAUGAACUCUCAGAGCAAUAGUUUCACUCAGCGCAGGCGAAUGGCUCUGGGGAUUGUUAUUCUCCUCCUUGUUGAUGUGAUAUGGGUCGCAUCCUCAGAACUUACUUCGUAUGUUUUUACUCAGUACAACAAACCAUUCUUCAGCACCUUUGCAAAAACAUCUAUGUUUGUUUUGUACCUUUUGGGCUUUAUUAUUUGGAAGCCAUGGAGACAACAGUGUACAAGAGGAUUUCGAGGAAAGCAUGCUGCUUUUUUUGCAGAUGCUGAAAAUUAUUUUGCUGCUUGCACAACAGAUACAACUAUGAAUAGUUCUUUGAGUGAACCUCUGUAUGUUCCUGUGAAAUUUCAUGAUCUGCCCAGUGAAAAACCUGAGAACGCAAGUAUUGAUGCUGAAAAAACUCCCAAAAAGUCUCGUGUAAGGUUCAGUAAUAUCAUGGAGAUUCGACAGCUUCCAUCAAGCCAUGCAUUGGAGGCUAAGUUGUCUCGUAUGUCAUAUCCUACUGUGAAAGAACAAGAAUCCUUACUCAAAACUGUGGGGAAACUUACUGCAACUCAAGUAGCAAAAAUUAGCUUUUUCUUCUGCUUUGUGUGGUUUUUGGCAAAUUUGUCAUAUCAAGAAGCACUUUCAGACACACAAGUUGCUAUCGUUAAUAUUCUGUCUUCAACUUCUGGACUUUUUACCUUAAUACUUGCUGCAGUGUUUCCAAGCAACAGUGGAGAUAGAUUUACUCUUUCUAAACUAUUGGCUGUAAUUUUAAGCAUUGGAGGUGUCGUGCUGGUAAACCUGUCAGGAUCUGAAAAAUCUGCUGAAAGAAAUACAAUAGGUUCCAUUUGGUCCCUUGUUGGAGCCAUGCUCUAUGCUGUCUAUAUUGUCAUGAUUAAGAGAAGAGUAGACAGAGAAGAUAAGUUGGAUAUUCCGAUGUUCUUUGGUUUUGUAGGUUUGUUUAAUCUGCUGCUCUUAUGGCCAGGUUUCUUUUUACUUCACUAUACUGGAUUUGAGGACUUUGAAUUUCCCAAUAAAGUAGUAUUAAUGUGCAUUAUCAUUAAUGGCCUUAUUGGAACAGUUCUCUCAGAGUUCCUGUGGUUGUGGGGCUGCUUUCUUACCUCAUCAUUGAUAGGCACCCUUGCACUAAGCCUUACAAUACCUCUGUCCAUAAUAGCUGACAUGUGUAUGCAAAAGGUGCAGUUUUCCUGGUUAUUUUUUGCAGGUGCUGUCCCUGUAUUUUUUUCAUUUUUUAUUGUAACUCUCCUAUGCCAUUAUAAUAAUUGGGAUCCUGUGAUGGUGGGAAUCAGAAGAAUUUUUGCCUUUAUAUGCAGAAAACAUAGAAUUCAGAGGGUUCCAGAAGACAGCGAACAGUGUGAGAGCCUUAUUCCUAUGCACGGUGUUUCUCAGGAGGAUGGAGUGAGUUAGCGGUUGUCAGUAGUCCAGCUUGACAAUGGAAUAUUGUAUAGCGAAGAGACAAUCUCUGGCAAGUUUUUGGAGAAAAAUGUUUCAGUGCCUAGUCUGAAAAAUAACAGUUUCAGUUCUUUGGAACUCUAAAAUGUAUUUUCCUCAUAUCAGUUUGCUUCAUUUUCAUAAUGAAGUACUUUGCUAUAUAGCUGUGUGUAUAUCACUGUAUAGGAAGUUUCCAUCCAUAGUCCAUCUAAAGGACCAAUCUGCCUUACACCUCUCAAGAAAUUCAGCUAAUGAAAUAAUUUGAGCUAAUCAAGGGAUAAAAUUCUAAUGUUUUGGAGACUGUCUUCACAUAUUAUUUGUUAAAUGCUGGACUAUAUUAUGAAAAUGUUUUCAAGAAAUCAUUUAGUAUGUAGAUCAGUAUUUCUUAUAGGUAAAAUGCUAAAUUAAGCUGCCUAUAAUGGGUACAGAUUAUAUUUUUGAGUUCAGUAGAAUAUUGCAAAUUAACACAAAAAAAUCUUUAAUUUAUAUAAAAGUAUGUUCAUGCAAAUUUGGUUGGACUUCAGAAACAAUAUUUAAGAAAAGAUGUGGUUCACUUACACUAUAUACUGUAUUAUCCUUUCAUAGCAUUAGGUGCCUUGUAUUUUAAAUCUGUGACAAACCAUGACAAAUUUUUAAAGGGGAAAUAUUGUAAAAUGAAGAAUCAUGUAUUUCUAAAGGCUGUGUUACUAUAAAUUUAAUUGAUAAAGCUCUGCUUAAUUUAGAGUUUUAAAGAAAUAUUCUCUCUUCAAUUAAGACAUUUUCAUAAUGGAACGAAUUAAAUUGAAGUGGUAAAGAGUAAUUAUUAAAA